AUGAAUAUUCAAAGACAAGAGGAGGCGGAGGAAAAAAAGAACUUGAACCUCGAGGUUUCAGGUACAAUCCUCAUGGUAGUGUCCAUUAAUGACGGGGCUGAAAGGGUAAUUUUCAACGGGAUAGCUAAUAUAGCUCAACUCGCCAAUCUAGUCGACGAUAUUGGAAAUGCAGCUCUCACCGCGUACGAAAUCUUAGAAGACAAUUCAUCUGCUACUUUUUCCAUCAAGGGCAUUCUUAGUGGACAUUUCUGA